AUGCCAGACUCUCAUGUGCGACAAUCUUCGACACACGAUGUGCAUAAUUAUGAUGCAGUGUAUCGACCUAUUCCUCAAGCACCGGUGGCAUCUGAACCUGCCCGUCCAUCUCUCGAACUUGAUACCAGCGAUGAGCAGGUCGAGCUGGUGGAUGAACUUGCCAGCAGUACUCUGCUAGCAGAGGAGGAUACACGGAUACACGGAAUUCAUUUCAUUCUCGGUUGCGCUGUGCUCCUGCCAUGGAAUGCGUUGAUUACUGCCACUCCAUAUUUCUUGUCUCGUUUGGAUGGCUCUCCCCUGAAGAGCACGUUCAGUUCCUAUCUCUCAACUACCUUUAUGGCUUCCAAUCUUGGCUUCUUGGCCCGUGCUACUGCCACAUCUAAGCAGUCGUCCAAUUCUCGGAGGGUCCUUCUCUCCAUGUCAUGGCUUGCUUUUCUAUCAGCCACGCUCUACAUCAGCACAUUCAUCCGUCCUCAUCCAGGUGUCUUCUUCGCCUUUGUGCUAGUCAACGGCAUACUGCAGGCAGCAGCAGGGUCAUACCUUCAGACGGCUGUCGUUGCCGUCGCAUCGCUUUUCGGGCAUAGGACAAUGCAGGCAGUAAUGUCCGGCCAAGCUGGGGUCGGCGUUGUAGUGAGUGGAGUGCAAGUGCUUAGUGCUACUGCAUCUACCCGUGGAAAGACAUCUCCCCAAUCUGCAGUGGCGCCUGGCUCGAAACCAGAGGAAGUUUCUGCGGCCAUAUUCUUCGCGCUGUCUACGUUAUUCCUUGUAGCCAGCGCCGGAGUGCAUGUUUGGAUGACCCGUCUUCCGGUCUAUCAGUCUGUGUUGGCGCAGUCGAGCAGCAGCGAUAGGAUGGGCAGUAUCGAGGAGAAUGAUAUGUCAGAAAGCAUGGAAAGGCUCAUAGCUGAAGAACAUAAUCAUGGACGGAGAAAGCUGGACGAGAAGCCUCGAAUAUUCCGGUUAGCGAAGGUCAACCUCCCGUACAAUUUUGCCGUUGCAUAUGUAUUUGCGGUCACCCUGGCCGUUUUCCCGCCGAUCACUAUAUCCAUUCAGUCCACCAACCCGUCUACGCAUCCGCUUCUAUUCAGUGCCGUCCACUUCCUUAUCUACAAUAUCGGAGACUUCGUUGGCCGUUACUUGUGCUCCUUCCCAAGGCUCCUCGUCUGGUCUGCUCGACGCCUAUUAGCAUUCUCCAUAUCGCGCACUCUGUUUAUACCACUUUUCCUCAUGUGCAACAUUCAGUGGGCGAGUUCUUCCACCGUACCAUCGACUCCCAUCAUCAAUUCCGAUUGGCUAUACAUGUUCAUCUUGCUUCUGUUCGGAUUGACCGGUGGCUACGUGUCCAGCAUGUGCAUGAUGUCCGCGCCAUCCGUUGCGCACAAUCCUCGACUUCAAGGACGCACUAAAGACGUGGAUGUGGCAGCUACGGUCGCAGCAUUCUGUUUGGUCGGUGGUCUCACUUUUGGAAGCGUGGCGAGCUUUGCAGUGAGGGCUGCAGUAUGUGACUGCAACCCCUUCGGUUCCUGA